UAUGCCUUCCAUCUAGACAUAUACAACCUCAAAAACCACUUCAGACACAAUACAUUAUUUUAUUAGUGGCCUUUGCGAAACAGCACGAAGGAACUUACAAGGAGACUGGGCUUUAGUUGCACGCAAUCAUUAUAACAACAAGGCAAUGGCUUCUAAUGAGCAACAACCAACGAUUUCAGCCAGCCUGUUUGGAGCUGGUUUCCCUGCACAAGCCGCGUCGCUGGACUACCAGCCCGCUCCGCCGGUUUACCACUCACGACGGGAGCCGGGUCUGCCGCACCUGCAGCACUUCACCGACCAGCAGGAGGACAUGCUCGUGGGGCUCAACUCAUAUGGCAAGGAUCUGGAGAAGAAGCGGGCAGCGGACGCGCGAGCCAACGCACGGAUAGGCUCGCUACUUUACGAGGACACACCGAAAUGAUCGGGUCUGGCAGGAGCAUGUGAAUAGCGCUGGUAGGGGUUGAGUGGUGCGUGCGUGCGGGGGAAGACAAUGUCAGGAGUAGUGGGUUGUGGCAGGGCGCAGAACAUGAGACGUGUGGUUGGCCCGCUCAGAAUUAUGCAGAAGCUUUCACUUAGACCGUAACUACCGUAUGCUACAUUUGUUAUGACGUUUACUUGCACUUGAAUACGCCGAGUUCAAAGUCGCGACACUUGCAACACUCCAAAAUGUGCUUGUAGAACCAGAGAGCUGGUGUUUUCAAGGCCAUUAGGCUUGUGAGUAGGCUGUUGUUGCUCGAUCAAACAAUUUAGCUGAGCGGCGACGAGUGCACUGUGGCCAGGAUGGCGUCCGGAGCGGACCUGCGCGUCAAUGGCCUGGCGGACAUCUUGUUCCUCAGCCGCGUCUACAAGGCAAGCAGGCUGCGGUCACGAGGGGGCACAUUCACAUUGUAACAAUUGCAACGG